AUUUAAUUAAUGGAGGAAUCAAAAUUAAGAAUUGCCAUCAUCAAUAAAGACAGAUGUAAACCUUAACGUUGUGCUUUGGAAUGCAAGAAGAAUUGUCCAAUUAAUAAGAGUGAGAAAUUGUGUAUAGAAGUUACAAAGUAAAGUAAAUUAUGCACAAUCAAUGAAUCAUUGUGUAUUGGAUGUGCAAUUUGUGUUAAGAAAUGUCCAUUCAAAGCAAUCAUGAUUAUCAAUUUACCAAAAGAUUUAUCUAAAGAAUUAACUCAUUAAUAUGGAGCCAAUUCAUUCAAAUUACAUAGAUUACCAACACCUAGACCAGGAUAAGUAUUAGGAUUAGUUGGUACUAAUGGAAUAGGAAAAUCAACUGCAUUGUAAAUUCUAAGUGGAAAAGUGCAACCUAAUUUAGGUUUAUAUAAAGAACCUCCUACAUUUGAAUAGAUCUUAAAAUAUUUUAGAGGAAGUGAAUUACAAAGUUAUUUACAAAAAGUAUUUGAAGGAAAGGUGAAGGCUGUAAUAAAACCAUAAUAUGUUGAUUCAAUUGGUAAGGCAGUUAAAGGUAAAGUUGGAGAAGUUAUUAAAAAUAAGGAUAAAUUGAAUAGAGCAGAAUAAUUAUUAAAAGAUUUAGAAUUGUCUCAUUUAGUAGAUAGAGAAAUUGGUAUGUUGUCUGGAGGUGAAUUGUAAAGAUUUGCAAUAUUGAUGGCAUGUAUUUCAGAAAGUGAAUGUUUGAUGCUUGAUGAACCAACAUCUUAUUUAGAUAUUAAAUAAAGAGUGGUUGCAUCUAGAAUCAUAAGAAAUUAAGUAAGAGAUAACAAUUAUCUUAUUGUUGUAGAACAUGAUCUAUCCAUAUUAGAUUAUUUAUCAGAUUUUAUAUGUUGUUUAUAUGGAGAAUAAACAGCUUAUGGUAUAGUGACAAUGCCUUUUUCAGUUAGAGAAGGUAUUAAUAUAUUUUUGGCUGGAUUUGUACCAACUGAAAAUAUGAGAUUUAGAGAUUAUGAAUUAAGUUUCAAGAUUUCAGAUAAUUUAGAUAUGUUAGAGAAUCAGAAAUAAAAGAAAAAUUAUCAAUAUCCUGAUAUGAAAAAAGUAUAAGGAGAAUUUUCAUUGUAAGUAAAAGCAGGAGGUUUUAAUAAUUCAGAAAUUGUUGUUUUAUUAGGAGAAAAUGGAACUGGUAAAACUACAUUCAUUAAAAUGUUGGCUGGAAAAGAUAAAGAUGUUGUUGAUAUUCCAAAAUUAAGUGUCAGUUAUAAACCAUAAAUGAUUGCACCUACAUUUGAUGGAACAGUUUAAGAAUUAUUUAGAUCUAAAUUAUAAGAUAGUCAUAGAAAUCCAUAAUUUUAAACUGAUGUAUAUAAACCAUUGAGAAUUGAAGAUUUAGAAGAUAAUGAAGUUAAGAAAUUAUCAGGAGGUGAAUUAUAAAGAGUUGCUUUGAUUUUAGCAUUAGGUAAACCAGCUGAAGUUUAUUUAUUGGAUGAACCAUCUGCUUAUUUAGAUGCAGAAUAAAGAGUUGCUACAUCUAAAUUAAUUAAAAGAUUUAUAAUGAAUACAAAAAGAGCAGGUUUUGUUGUUGAACAUGAUUUUAUUAUGGCAACUUAUUUGGCAGAUAAGUAAUUACUUUAUUUAUAUUAAAAGAGUUGUAGUGUAUGAUGGUGUACCAGGAAAAGCAUGUGUUGCUAAUGCACCUGAAGAUUUAUUAACAGGAAUGAAUAAAUUUUUGAAUGUUCUUAAUAUAACAUUUAGAAGAGGUAUAAUAUCUAUUUUAUUAUUUUAUAGAUCCAANUUAGUUGGAACUAAUGGUAUUGGAAAAUCAACUGCAUUAUAAAUUCUAAGUGGAAAAGUGCAACCUAAUUUGGGUUUAUAUAAAGAGCCUCCUACAUUUGAAUAGAUCUUAAAGUAUUUUAGAGGAAGUGAAUUACAAAGUUAUUUACAAAAAGUAUUUGAAGGAAAGGUGAAGGCUGUAAUAAAACCAUAAUAUGUUGAUUCAAUUGGUAAGGCAGUUAAAGGUAAAGUUGGAGAAGUUAUUAAAAAUAAGGAUAAAUUGAAUAGAGCAGAAUAAUUAUUAAAAGAUUUAGAAUUGUCUCAUUUAGUAGAUAGAGAAAUUGGUAUGUUAUCUGGAGGUGAAUUGUAAAGAUUUGCAAUAUUAAUGGCAUGUAUUUCAGAAAGUGAAUGUUUGAUGCUUGAUGAACCAACAUCUUAUUUAGAUAUUAAAUAAAGAGUGGUUGCAUCUAGAAUCAUAAGAAAUUAAGUAAGAGAUAACAAUUAUCUUAUUGUUGUAGAACAUGAUCUAUCCAUAUUAGAUUAUUUAUCAGAUUUUAUAUGUUGUUUAUAUGGAGAAUAAACAGCUUAUGGUAUAGUGACAAUGCCUUUUUCAGUUAGAGAAGGUAUUAAUAUAUUUUUGGCUGGAUUUGUACCAACUGAAAAUAUGAGAUUUAGAGAUUAUGAAUUAAGUUUCAAGAUUUCAGAUAAUUUAGAUAUGUUAGAAAAUCAGAAAUAAAAGAAAAAUUAUCAAUAUCCUGAUAUGAAAAAAGUAUAAGGAGAAUUUUCAUUGUAAGUAAAAGCAGGAGGUUUUAAUAAUUCAGAAAUUGUUGUUUUAUUAGGAGAAAAUGGAACUGGUAAAACUACAUUCAUUAAAAUGUUGGCUGGAAAAGAUAAAGAUGUUGUUGAUAUUCCAAAAUUAAGUGUCAGUUAUAAACCAUAAAUGAUUGCACCUACAUUUGAUGGAACAGUUUAAGAAUUAUUUAGAUCUAAAUUAUAAGAUAGUCAUAGAAAUCCAUAAUUUUAAACUGAUGUAUAUAAACCAUUGAGAAUUGAAGAUUUAGAAGAUAAUGAAGUUAAGAAAUUAUCAGGAGGUGAAUUAUAAAGAGUUGCUUUGAUUUUAGCAUUAGGUAAACCAGCUGAAGUUUAUUUAUUGGAUGAACCAUCUGCUUAUUUAGAUGCAGAAUAAAGAGUUGCUACAUCUAAAUUAAUUAAAAGAUUUAUAAUGAAUACAAAAAGAGCAGGUUUUGUUGUUGAACAUGAUUUUAUUAUGGCAACUUAUUUGGCAGAUAAGUAAUUAUUUUAUUUAUAUUAAAAGAGUUGUAGUGUAUGAUGGUGUACCAGGAAAAGCAUGUGUUGCUAAUGCACCUGAAGAUUUAUUAACAGGAAUGAAUAAAUUUUUGAAUGUUCUUAAUAUAACAUUUAGAAGAGGUAUAAUAUCUAUUUUAUUAUUUUAUAGAUCCAANACUGCAUUAUAAAUUCUAAGUGGAAAAGUGCAACCUAAUUUGGGUUUAUAUAAAGAGCCUCCUACAUUUGAAUAGAUCUUAAAGUAUUUUAGAGGAAGUGAAUUACAAAGUUAUUUACAAAAAGUAUUUGAAGGAAAGGUGAAGGCUGUAAUAAAACCAUAAUAUGUUGAUUCAAUUGGUAAGGCAGUUAAAGGUAAAGUUGGAGAAGUUAUUAAAAAUAAGGAUAAAUUGAAUAGAGCAGAAUAAUUAUUAAAAGAUUUAGAAUUGUCUCAUUUAGUAGAUAGAGAAAUUGGUAUGUUAUCUGGAGGUGAAUUGUAAAGAUUUGCAAUAUUAAUGGCAUGUAUUUCAGAAAGUGAAUGUUUGAUGCUUGAUGAACCAACAUCUUAUUUAGAUAUUAAAUAAAGAGUGGUUGCAUCUAGAAUCAUAAGAAAUUAAGUAAGAGAUAACAAUUAUCUUAUUGUUGUAGAACAUGAUCUAUCCAUAUUAGAUUAUUUAUCAGAUUUUAUAUGUUGUUUAUAUGGAGAAUAAACAGCUUAUGGUAUAGUGACAAUGCCUUUUUCAGUUAGAGAAGGUAUUAAUAUAUUUUUGGCUGGAUUUGUACCAACUGAAAAUAUGAGAUUUAGAGAUUAUGAAUUAAGUUUCAAGAUUUCAGAUAAUUUAGAUAUGUUAGAAAAUCAGAAAUAAAAGAAAAAUUAUCAAUAUCCUGAUAUGAAAAAAGUAUAAGGAGAAUUUUCAUUGUAAGUAAAAGCAGGAGGUUUUAAUAAUUCAGAAAUUGUUGUUUUAUUAGGAGAAAAUGGAACUGGUAAAACUACAUUCAUUAAAAUGUUGGCUGGAAAAGAUAAAGAUGUUGUUGAUAUUCCAAAAUUAAGUGUCAGUUAUAAACCAUAAAUGAUUGCACCUACAUUUGAUGGAACAGUUUAAGAAUUAUUUAGAUCUAAAUUAUAAGAUAGUCAUAGAAAUCCAUAAUUUUAAACUGAUGUAUAUAAACCAUUGAGAAUUGAAGAUUUAGAAGAUAAUGAAGUUAAGAAAUUAUCAGGAGGUGAAUUAUAAAGAGUUGCUUUGAUUUUAGCAUUAGGUAAACCAGCUGAAGUUUAUUUAUUGGAUGAACCAUCUGCUUAUUUAGAUGCAGAAUAAAGAGUUGCUACAUCUAAAUUAAUUAAAAGAUUUAUAAUGAAUACAAAAAGAGCAGGUUUUGUUGUUGAACAUGAUUUUAUUAUGGCAACUUAUUUGGCAGAUAAGUAAUUAUUUUAUUUAUAUUAAAAGAGUUGUAGUGUAUGAUGGUGUACCAGGAAAAGCAUGUGUUGCUAAUGCACCUGAAGAUUUAUUAACAGGAAUGAAUAAAUUUUUGAAUGUUCUUAAUAUAACAUUUAGAAGAGGUAUAAUAUCUAUUUUAUUAUUUUAUAGAUCCAACUAAUUUUAGACCAAGAAUCAAUAAAAUGGAUUCUAUUUUGGAUAGAGAAUAGAAAUAAAGUGGUAACUAUUUCUGUUUAGAUGAAUGA